AUGUUAUUUAAAACAAGUUGCUUCUAUGUACUGCUUCUACCUGUGCUUGGUUCUCAGCAGAGUAAAGUGAUAAAUUCAAUCAGCAAACAUAUCGGCAAUGUUGUUUUAGAGUGCAAGCAGGAGAUGGGGCUUAGUAAAGACGUAAUUGAUGAGUUUCUCGCUUUCUGGAACCCAAAGCAGGAGCUCACAGGCACAAAGCAAGGCUGCGCCGACGCUUGUGUACUGAAAAAACUGGAUUUGUUGCAGCGAGGGGGCCAGGUCAAAAGGGACAAUACUAUUACUUUCCUCAAAGCGAAUGGCGCUGAUCCUGAAAUGUCUUCAAAAAUCAUAGAGCUGUUAACUUUAUGUACUCGUGCAGCCAUCACCAAAAAACCCGAAGACGGCUGUGUCUUAGGACUGGAAAUCUUUAAAUGCUUUCGUUACGGAAUCUUUCGGUUACAUUGGGCUCCAGAACUCGGCGAUGAUAACCUGGAUGAGAUGGAUGAAAUACCGGCUUAA